AUGUCGGCGGCUCUUGCAGCUUCCACUUCUGCCCAUGGAACAGUAACCAAGGUCGUGGGCGCGAACGGUGUCGAGAUGCCAGGUAUAUGCGUUGCCGAUGGCACUCCUCGUGAUUGCUCCAGUAAUGCCUGUGGCUCACAAGCCGACACGUGCAUCAUUCGAGAUAACGAAAUCAGAAGCGGUAAAGUCGGUCCCCUUGGACGAACACAGGGCGCUGGUAAUAUUGAUGCCGCCGUCAAGAUCAGCGCCUUCAUGGGUGCUGGCGGCGCCGACGCCGGGAAGGUGCCUACUAACAAGGGUGCUUCCGGUGCUGUCGGCAAGGAAGAUGACCUCUCUGCACUUCAGAAUCAGCCGCGUCGGCAGCGCCGCGAGAAGUCCAAGAGACAGCUUGGCCAACUCGGUCAGCUCGGUCAGCUCGGUCAGCUCUCGGGCGGCGCAGGCGGUCUUGGAGGGUUACUCGAAGGUGAUGCUGGUGCUGGCGGUCUUGGAGGGUUGCUCGGAGGUGGUGCUGCCCGUGGUGCUGCCGGCACCAAGCAGAGAAAUGCUGCUCCCGAGAGCAUGGUUGCUGACACCGCUGGCUCGGGAGCUUCCAAGGGCCUUCCCACGGCUGAUAAUAACGGUGUGUUGACGAUGAAAUACCUACAGGUCAACCAGGACGGUGCCGGUCCCCUCACCGCUGACUGCGAUGGCACGUCCGGUGGCAAGGAUCCCCAGGCCUUCCAAAAAGCCCAAGUCAUCCAGAACGUCCCCGGUCUGUUCGCCGGCAUCUCCACGGCUACUACCACCGAGUUCGAUGUCAAGGUCCAGAUGCCUCCAGGCAUGACCUGCGACGCCAAAGUCGGCGGUGCUGAAAACGUCUGCAUCUGUCGUGUUCGCAAUAAAACUCCUGCCGGCCCCUUUGGCGGUUCUGCUGCCUUCACCCAGACCCCCGCUGCUCGUAAGCGAGCUAUUGCUUUCCGCCUCAAGAAGCGUAUGGAACUCGGCCGCGAUUAA